AUGUUGAGUGAAUCCGAAGCUCCAAUUCCAGCAUGGACGGAAUUGCCCGAGGAUUUGAUGGAGAAUAUCCUGCAAAGGUUGUCUAGUGAAGAGAUACUGAAGAGUGUGGAGAAGGUGUGCACUACGUGGUGGAGAGCCUGCAAAAAUCCCGCCUUGUGGCGUGUGGUUUCUGUGGAUCAUCGACGCUGCACGCCUUUCCAGUUUGAGUACGUUGUCCGUGCCGCAGCUAGGCGUGGCCAGGCACAAUUGGUCGAGCUAAAGCUUUAUACUGUUUAUUCUCGUGUUUAUUGCUGUGCCGUGCUAAGCCAUGUCGCCCAACGAGCAAGUCAGCUUCGACGCCUUACACUAUCAGAGUUGGAAACAACCUUUUUCACCAGAGAUCUACAUAAUUUCCCACAAUUGGAAGAGUUGCACCUUUUCGUGAACCAGUUGCUCAAGCUCCCACAGUUUGAAACCAUCGGCGUCUCUUGUCCCAUGUUAAAGUCAUUUACAUAUGCCUGUUGGUAUGACUAUCUGGAUUUUGCACAGUUUGCUCAAAUAAUUACGAAAACCAUGCCUAAUCUGCGCCAUCUCCGGCUUUUUGUAAGGGAGAUGAAAGUUGAUGGACUAGAAGCUAUUCUGGAUGGAUGUCCCCACCUUGAAUCGCUUAUGCUUCCGCAAAGCUGUGGUCUUGAUCUACAAGGGCCUCUAGGAAAAAGAUGUGCUCGCCAAAUUAAACAUCUGUGGCUUCAUCCUGAUUCUUCGGAGUUUACCUUUGUGGGUCCCGACAAACAAACUCUACUUUUUGGUCCUAAUCAUCGUCGCCAAGAUAUAAUUUUGGAGAGGACUGAGUGGCGAGUUCAACUUAACAACUGA